GUUUAAGGUGAUAUGAGCAAAAAGAUAUUUGAAUUGAAAGAUCUGCAACAUAUUCAUGCAUUUCAAGAUAUACCACAGAAAAAGAAGCGUUACAAUUUUCCAGCAGCUACCUCAUCCAGUUCAUCCAACACUUCAUCCCAAUCUAAUUCUUUAGUGGAUCCCAUCUGGGAAAUAAUCGAUCCAACUCCAGAUUUGCACGCACUUUUUCAGCAGUAUGAUGACACUUUCUUCAAUGGAAGACUGGUUGCAUGUGAAGUGAAAUGGAGUUCUCGAAUGACCGCGUGUGCGGGUUUAUGUAGUUUUGAAAGAAAAGGUGGGUUUUGUUCCAUUCGGCUCAGUAAGCCCCUGCUACAAUAUCGACCUCGAAAAGAUCUGGUGGAAACAUUGUUGCACGAGAUGAUCCAUGCUUUUUUAUUUCUGUCCGACGGCGUCAUGGAUCGUGAUGGACAUGGACCAAUGUUUCAGUUCCAUAUGCACCGUAUUAACAUGACUGCAGGAACAAAUAUUACUAUUUAUCACAAUUUUCAUAAUGAAGUACAAUAUCACCAAAAGCACUGGUGGAGAUGCACUGGACUUUGCCGGAUGCGUCCUCCGUUUUAUGGUUGGGUGAAGCGAUCAAUGAACCGUGCUCCAGGCGCGAAUGAUUUUUGGUGGAAGGAACAUCAGAUGACUUGCGGAGGUAAAUUUAUCAAAGUCAAAGAACCGGAAGCUUAUGGUACGAAAAAGAAAGUGUCCGAAGUAUCUAAUGGGAAAUCUCAAUCUCAGACAUGGCAAACACCUUUGAAUCAAUAUUUUACUGGAAAAGGCCAUGUUUUGGGUCACCUCUCAUCAUCUUCGGAGGAUAUCUUAGCAGUUAAAGAGAAAACAACAACUGUUGCGACGUCAAGAAAUGACUUUGGAUUGUCAGUGAAAGAGAAAAUCCCGAAAAGUAGACCAGCUGUUAAUGACAGCAUCGGACCAGUCAACAAUGAAAUAAUCAUUUGUGUGCCGUGCCCAGUGUGUAAUGUUUGUGUUCCGGAAAACAUCAUCAACUCUCAUCUGGAUUCAUGCCUCACGCAAAACUCGUGAUAUCUUUGCCUGUAAUUCCGGUUAUUCAUUCCUUCCACUCUGAUAACUCUUUCAACGAUGUAACGGAAUGUUGACCGGUGCGAACUCGUGAAGAUUCAUUUCCUGCCGCGAUCUGGUCCAUUGAAAUGUUAGCAUUCGGUCUUGUAAGCAAGCAGUAUGCUUAGUCUCAUUGAAUAAGGACUCCCCUCCUGGUCCUGGAAAU